AUGAAGACCGUCGCUUCCUAUAAUGAGUAUCCCAGCGAACACGAGCUCCAUGGCCACCGGCAACAAAUCGAUGAGAUUCUCCAUGACACGCCAUGGACCGAUAUAAUUCAAUCGUCAUGCCGCAUAGAUAAACUUCCCAACGAAAUCCUUGACCUGAUACUAUACCACCUGUCCGCUCACGACCUCACUCGCCUAGCCUCUACCUGCCGCAAGUUCACCGAGCAUACCGCCAAGGACAUACUGUGGGCGAAGCUAGUCAACUCACAUCUACCGCAUCAUAUCAGUGACCCAGGGUCCUUUGACUCCUUUCGUCGUUUAUACCUCGCCCAUCUCUCAUACUGGUUUAUCCCGCAGUACAAGAUCUGGUUCUCAGACCACAACCAUACUGGGAAUCUGAUUCUGGCUCGCUAUGACAAUCGACGUGGGGUAAUUGAUGCGUACCGAAUUAUCGCAGACAAGGGCGCGACGGCAUUCCAUUUCUGGGAAUCACACCCUGAGGUUAUGAUUCAAGCGUUCAACCCUGAGGUUAGCCUGUGGCUGGAUGAUCCUGUCCUGCUCCUCAAAGAUAGGGAUCCAUCUGCUAGGGUAGCGCCCUGUCAAACCUGGAUGGCUGAGCGUCGAAUGUCCAUGCCGGCGGAAGCGCAGCAUCUUUUCAACUCUUUGAUACUGUGUCCGAAUGGUACCGAACCAAUCGAUAAUACUGAAUCACUCGAUGACACUGAAGCAACCGGUGGGACCGAUGCAGGACUAUGGCCGCCCCAACUAAUACCCACCAACAACCGCAUCAGCAGAGUUACCCAGCCUCUCAAGCUACCUGAGCAUGCAUCCGAGGUCUCAGAAGCAGGGUUCAGGAUUCGAAGAUGGGCUCAUUUUCGGUUCGGACUUCAAGCGGGCUUGGCUAGUGAUAACGAAGCAAUCUUCUCCUACGCCACGCUUGCCCCGUGUCUGUACACGCCGACAAAAGAGAAGCCAUACCAAGGUAUAUGGGUAGGGGAUUACUCUGCCCAUGGGUGUGAAUUUCUCCUGAUCUUCCAGCAAGAUCCAGCUCGAACGGAUUUGGAGGAGGGGGAGGAUGAACAUAAUCUUACCUCCCAAGAUGUAGUGCAGAAAGGCAGUUUGCGGGCAGUCAAGCUUACCGGUGACCCGAAUGUUCCUCGAGGUGAGCUCUCAUUCUCUGCCGACGACAUUGGCCCCGGCGGCCUUAUCUGUGUCGCGGACUCGCAGCCAUUCACGGGUGCACGAAUCGUGCGUUCCAAGGGACAUGUGGCUGGUCUUGGUUUCCGUGAUGACUCUUUCAUCGACUCGCAGCUCAUUCUCAUCUCUACGGAUUGCCUAGCGCAUUACUGGGCGGAGAUGGGACACGUCUCCUAUUACCGCCGCGUGGAUAUCGAUGCUCUCUUGCAGAUUUGA